CUGAGCUGGCUGAUGGCGGCGCGGGGCUGCAGUCGCGGGCUGCGGGGCGUCCUCCGGGCCGGGCCGGUCCCGGGCCGGCCGCGCGGCCUCGCCUUCUCGGGGCGGCCCUGGGCGGAGCCCGGCGCCUGGCAGCGGCUGCGGCGACGGCUGCUGGGCCCGUGCGAGCCGCCCUUCCAGCGCGUCUGUCUGGUUGGCGACCCGGCGCUGCGCGGCAUGGCGGCGCCGGUGGAGCCGGAGCGGGUGGGCAGCGCGGAGGUGCAGCGGCUGAUCGCGCGGCUGGUGGCGGUGAUGCGGCGGGAGGGCUGCGUGGGGCUGAGCGCGCCCCAGCUGGGUGUCCCGCUGCAGGUCUUCGUGGCCGAGUUCCGCGGGCCGCCGCUGCCGGAGGGGCUGCGCGCCCUGGAGGUCGCCCCCUUCCCGCUGCGCGUCUUCGUCAACCCGGCCAUGCGGGUACUGGACAGCCGGACCAGCCACUUCACUGAGGGCUGCGCCAGCCUGCCCGGCUUCUCGGCCGUGGUGGCCCGGCACAUGGGCGUGGAGGUCUCAGGACUAAACGAGGCUGGAGAGCAGGUCGCGUGGCAAGCCAGGGGCUUCGCCGCCCGCAUCGUUCAGCACGAGAUGGACCACCUAAAAGGGAUCCUCUACGUGGACAAGAUGGAGAGCGGGAGUUUCGCCUGCUUGCAUUGGGCCAAGGUCAACCGAUGAGCAGCUCCUUUCAAGCCGGGGGCGGGUGGGCGCUUGCCAAAGGCACCUGCUCAGCCUUUGCUGCCUUGCUAGUAGUUGCUAAUAAUUUCUGUGUAAACUCCAGUGGAAAAAAAGAAUGUUGUAAGGCUUCAUUUCCAGCACUUUAUUCUUCAAAGCACAAGCCAUCUCUCUCCAUACAACCUGUCACUUUAAAUCUGUAUCUACAUGUGGGCUGGGCUGUGGGAAAGCAGUCCUUCAGCCCUGUUAAAGUACAAGGCAGGCCUAAAGCUUAGAUCAACAAUGGUGGGGUGGUACGCGCCUCUCCGUGGCACAAAUUCACCCAGG